CAAAUUGUAGGAAAUUCUAUUAUUCUUUGUUGAGUAUUUAUGAAUCCAAAAAAGCUUAUUAUCAUCGAGCGCCAUUUUUGUAAAGUUGCCCAAUUUGGACGAUUUGAAAAUGUCGUAUUGUGAAGUUUUUCUACAAAAGACAACACUCAAUUCUAAAUUUGUUCCGAAACCAGGAGAAAAGACUUGUGUUUAUGGUACCGAAGAAAAUGAACUAGUGCUUCACAAAAAUGGGAAGAAUAUAUCUAUCGUAUGGAAAGUAGCAGAUUGGACUAAGCGAAAGUUUUCUUUUGUUGCCGAAGGAGACCGCGUUUCCUUGCCUGUGCUUUUUACCGAUGGGACUUAUGACUAUGUGGCUGUGUGUAUAUCUGAUCGACUAAUUCUUUUUGAUGAGAUGGGCAACGACAACUUUUGGCAACUUGGAUAUGGCUUUUCAGGCAGUGUUUGUUGUGAACUGUUGGAACUUUCUUGGGCAGUCAUCUUACCAUUGACUCCAAAUAACAAAUACAGUUCAAAAGACACGGUUUAUUUAUUAUUUCAAAAGAAACAAAGAAAACUUUAUUUCCUUCGAGGUGUCCAUCAAGGAGAACGUAUCAUCUAUUGUAGUUCAGACUUGCCUCUGUUGGUUACUUAUGACGAAGUUUUAGAAACGAUGUCUCUAGUGCUCUGUAAUGAAGAAAAGAUAGAAAGUGAAAGAGAUAUUUCUGUAGAUGAAACAGACUUGGACUCCUUCUUUGUAGACAGAGUAGAUGAAGUAUUUCACAUAACACCAAAAGAGUUUAGUUUUUUUCAUGAUGAGUUGGGACAGUUGUAUUUGGCUAUUCUAGACCAAUAUGCUUAUUUAUACAUGUUACUAGUUCAAGGUGCUAGUUGGUCUGAGAGAAAACAAAACAACAUGCAUUUGGAGAAGCUUCAUUUGAAGAUGAAGUUGGAAGCUUUCAUUAGCAUCCAGGCAGUUGCAAUAACUCGAGAAGAAUUCAAAGAUCUAUUAUGUUUAGAUGCGAUGGGACUGUUUCAUGUUUAUAUUGGAUGCCAAUGGAUCUUUCGUUUUGAACUAUUUUGGAUAUCGGAAGCAUCAGUAUCUUUUGCCUUGGUGACCAGAGCUUAUGACUCUUACCAAAGGGAAGGGAAUCAACUUUCAUGUUUUGUGAGGUCUUUGAAGGACUCAGUCUCUUCAAGUGUUACUUUGGAAUGGAAUGAUAAUCAGUUUUAUCGCAUUUCAUUAGAUUGUUUUCGUCCUCAUUCACAACCAACGAAAGAUAUUUUGAUAUGUUCAUUUGCAGCUUUGAAACCCGAAUUAAGUUGUUUGUUGCGUUCUUUGUGGAUUUUCUAUAUGCAUUGUCAACACAACGAUCGUUCCUUCUCAACGGCUUCACUAGAACAUUGCAAAGAAUGGAAGAGUUUGGAACAGUCAUUAGAUAUUUUGAGAAAUUAUUUACUUCAUGCAUAUGAAAAUUCAUUAGGAUUGAGUUGUGUUGUUGAAGGGUUACUAUCCAAAUUGUUGAAUGGAGGCUUGAAAGAAGAGUUGCUUAGAAAUACAAAGAAUGAUGAGAAUGCUCGGUCUCUACUUUUGUACGACUAUUCUUUCAAUAGUUAUUUGGCUCGCAAAUAUUCGAUAUUCUACAAGAAUGAGAACAUAUCAUUUCUUCCUUGGGAAAUCAGUUCUUCACAAAUACAGAUGGAUACUCGAAUACUAAUUUCAAAAGCCGACUCUAUUGGCCAAAUAGUUUAUUCAAUAGCAACUGCCUUUCAUCUACUUUAUGAAUGUUACAAGACUUGCGUCACAAAUGAGAAUCAGUUGGAAGCAGUUGCCAGACAAGUAAAGAAGUGGAUAGCUUUAUUAGGUUGUUCUAGUUGGAUGGAACACUAUGAUCGAGACUUGUUACAUCCAAUUUAUUAUGAUCAUCAACAGUUGGAAGAACUUUCUACCCCUCUUUGUUGUAUUUUUGAUGCAUUGUCCAGUGCUGUCAUAGGAAAUCUCGAAGAUUUGGCUUUGCUAAAGGCUACCAUUCAAAAGUUUCAUUUUAGAGGUCUUUAUAAUCCACUUGAACGACUUGAAAAGAUAUGUGUUGCUCUAGAAAUGAUUUUCCAAAAUGAUAAUGGCUCUUUGGAAAGUAUAGUCUCUAUUCCUUCAUUUGUACAGAAUAUUUUGCCUACCUUACCUCUAAGUCUAUCCACACCAAUCUACGACACAUUGCAAAACUGCAAGUUUCUCAAUGAUUCAUAUAAGGACAAUUGGAUAGAUGCUCAAUUGAAUAACUUGUAUAAUGAUGACAUUUUCAAAUUGUUAGGAAUGGAAGAAAUGGAGACAAGUGAAUGGAAUAUGUCUCAUAAAUUAGAGAUGGAGUCCAUGUAUAUGGAAGACCUAUUACUUGACUUUGAUACGAGUAAUUAUACAUCGGGAAUGGAAGUGAAUGAUCCUUGUAUUCAUAUGAGGUUUGCAGCUGAUCGAAGAACUAUGGAAGUACAGAAUUUAUUGGAUUCUGCUUCUCCAUUAUCUUUAGACUCCCUUGACUUGAAAGCAUUGUAUGAAGAUGAUUCUGUCACUGUAUCUUCAAACAAAUUACUUGGAAGACUUUUAAAGAAUUUAGGUGUUUGUAUAGGAAGAGGUGCUUUUGCAUUGGGUACCUAUAUUUCCUUUGAUCCUACGGAACCUAUUGUGAUACCAAAAAUUUGUUUAGCUGCCAAAGCUCCUUCUGAUUCCUUACCACUUGUGAAGUUGGACAUGUCUAGUGUUUCUGUUCAUUACUUUGAUUGGCCACGUUUUCAUAAUGGAGUUGCUGCAAGUUUGAGGUUCUUUCGAAGAGAACCUUGUUAUGGUGAUCCUAAUUCUCCUGAAACUAUGUUAUCUCGUUCCUGGAUAGUUAGUAAUAAACCACCGGAGCCUUGUGCUUCUCAUGCAGGGGUGUUGCUUGGACUUGGUUUGACUGGCCAUCUUCCUGUGUUGCAAACAACAGAUUGGUAUAGUUACUUGAUAGGAAGAGAUGAACUUACUUGCGUUGGAUUGAUUUUGGGUGUUGCCUGUAGUGGAAGAGGCACAAUGGACAAUUCAGCAACUAAAAUGUUAUGUAUUCAUAUAAGACAUUUCAAUCCCUUGUCAUUUUCUCAACCUGAAUGGGAAGUUCCUGUUUCAGUUCAGUCUGCUGCAUGUUUUGGUUUAGGUCUUUUAUAUCAAGGAACUUGUCAUCGUCUUAUGGUUGAAGGUUUAUAUGCCGAAAUGACUCGAAAUAUGGAGCCCGAUAUUCCUUUGGGACAAAGACAAGGUUUUUGUUUGGCAGUUGGUUUUGGUUUGGGUUUUAUUUGUUUAGGAAUGGGUCCAAAAAGCGCUGCAUUACAAGACCUUCAUUUGGAAGAGAAACUGUAUUCUUGUAUUUAUGGCAAGAAUACAAAAAGCACUUCACAAUCAAUCAUUUUGGAUACUCAUCCAAAUGUUAUUUUAGAGAAUUAUUCUAACAACGAUGUGAUUACUCCGGCAGCUCUCAUGGCUUUAUGUCUCAUGUAUUUACAGACCAAUGAUUGGAGUGUUGCCAACAUGCUUACUAUUCCAGAAUCGCUUUAUGAAUUGGAGAGUAUUCGACCAGAUCAUUUAUAUUUGUUUGUAUUAUCACGACAGUUGAUACUAUGGGACUAUAUUUAUGCAACCCCUUCUUAUCUUAUCAAUUUGUUGCCGAGCCUUUGUAAGAAUUCCUUACUAGUGGGAGGACAAGAGAUAUCUUUGGAUGCAUUAUUAGAACAAUUACGUCGAAAAUUAAGCGAAGACAAUCCUAUGACCGAUAUAAUUGUAGGAACUAUAAUGAUUCUUUUGGCUGCUGCUGUAAGCAUCGGCCUACGAUAUGCUGGAACAUUCGACUCUCAAGCCUAUACUCUAGUCAAGCAAUUAUUUCUUAGUCUGGAGAAGAUUGUGCCAACCCAUAUUUCCAUGUAUUUGGGUUUAUUGCCGCUGUCUUUGUCUUUGAUUAUGGCAGGAAGUGGAAAUUUGGAGCUACUUAGAAUAUUGCGUCGUUUACACAAAAGCAUUCGUCACAAAUCAGAUACAAGUCACUCUUCUAGAUAUGCCAAUUAUAUGAUGAAUAGCAUGUCUAUUGGCUUUUUAUUUCUUGGAGGUGGUAGUUGCAGUUUUCAAAGGAGUCGCUUUGCGAUUGCUUCCUUAUUAUGUGCACUAUAUCCCGUUUUUCCUGCAUCUCCUACUGACAAUCAGUAUCAUCUUCAAGCAUUUCGACAUUUCUAUAUUUUAGCUACUGAGAAUCGAUUAUUGGAAACUCGCGAUAUUCGAACGAACAAGCCUUGUUUUGUUCCAAUAGAAAUAACGUUGAAGGAUAGUCGAGAUUAUUAUUCUAGUACUUGGAGGUUAAUGUCACCUUGUUUAGUACCUGAAUGGACAAUUGUUGAAAAGAUUCAAAUAAGCGGUCCGAGAUAUUUACCGAGAACAUUUGUAAUAGAUGAAAACUUUCUGGAGAAAAAUAGUCUAUUGGAAAGACAUCGAAAGAAAGCAAAGAAUCCUUCCAAUUCGAAUCCAUUUAUGAAAGUAGAAUACGGACGUAUAGUUGUCUUUGUGAGACGCCGAAUGGGUCAACUUGACUAUUCUAUGGAUCCCAAAGGUACUCGAGGACUGUUAUCUCGUGUCAUUGCCAUAUCCUUGAAAGGACGAAUGUUAACUUCUUCAUGGCCAUUGUUUCAUUCUUUUCCUAUUCAAGUGGACACUCAAGAUGAGAUAGCAAUGGAGAGUCUUAUGGAAUAUCCAUCUUUAUCCGGUUUUUUUCAAUAUUUUUGUGAACCCACAAAGCCUUCCAUUUAUGAUGCUAUUCUAUAUGAGAUUCUAUCACAUGAUAAGCCUGAAGCUUUGCAACUCUAUUUAGAGAUGAUGAACAUAUGCAAUUGUAGUAUGGCGAAAUGGUCUUUGCAUUCUUUAUCCAUGAAACAUUUGAGUAUUUUAUCGCAAUAUUUUCAUUAUGGUCGUUUUCUCAACAACUCUAUUAUGAAUGACGAACAUAUUCCUAUUCUUGAACCCACUUUUGUACAAAUGUGUUUUCUUCAUCAAUAACAAUGAAACCAGAAAGAUAUUC